AUGGAUAAAAUCAAGACACCCAAGGAGGAACCACAAGAGAAGACAGACUCCCAACCUAUGACGGUUGAAGAAUACCAGAAGAAAUGGGAUCAGAUGCUCCAGGAUACCGCAAAGCAGAUCGACAAGAUUCGAGAAAAUGAGCAAGCAAGAAGGUCAAAUAAUAGUCAAACAGAACAGCGUUGA